AUAGAGGAAACUUCAGCGGCGGUAAAAGAUGGGCAUUAAAAAGGGGUUUCGGGAGAAAAUGAUCUACGUUACGCCUUUUACUGCGGCUAGUUUAAGCAUGCAUUUAUCCUGGUUUAUAUAUCAACUAGGGAUACAUCCAUCUAUAUAUCCAAUAGAAUGGACGUGGUCUUCUUCAGUCCUAGGUUCUGGCGGUCACGCUUCAAAAUCAAUGAGGAACGAGGCUUUCUCUAUCGUGCUGUGAGGCAGUCUCCUAGAACAACAGAUGAUGUUGUCUGGCAAUAUCUGUAUCAUAGUACGUGCACGCUCUUUAGGAACGACAGGCUUAAUAAUACGCUCAAAAUGUGGGAGACUUUUCGAUGGUUAAGAAAUACAUACCUCAGAAAGGGCAUCGCGCAGACACCGCUCCUGGGCUUUCAAGGUAGAGCCUUGCAGCAUUACCACAGCACACGGUUAGCAGGGACAAAGGUCGAAACUGCGAAAAUACUCCCCAAGCUCGCAAAGGUCGCGCUAUCCAUCCUAUGUGAGAACAGUGACCGAUAUACACACAUCACUGGGCUUGAAUUCUAUAAUCAAGACGGGUCCUGCGAAUCUAUCGACUGUAAGACCCCUGGUGCUAGGAUUAUAACGGAAAAGGAUAUGGCCUCGCGAAUUCAAUACCGACAACUGAGUGGCUAUUCAUCCAUGAGUGGCCAGAUAGAGCUCUAUCCACUUCAGGAGUUCUAUCGAUCACCGGGGUUCCACGUAUUAAUGGAUGCGACAUCACUGGUAGGAUUUCAGAUAGCGAAGACACCGAACGGCAUCCAUGAGCUUCUCCUGAUGCACCAGAGGCGGUCAUUAAAUCUAGGCUUCUGCUAGGACUACUCUGAGUGUCAUUCAAAAAGACUGCAUAUGGUAAAGUU